GCGGGCUCCGUGGUGGGGUUGGAUGGGAAUCCCGCGCGAGGGCGGGGGCGCACUCCGGACCGGCGUGCGCGGGGGUCCCAGCGCCACCGCGGCUGGCGGCCCCUGCCCCCGGUGGGCCUUCUGCGCUGCCCGGGCCGGGCGCCCGCGGCGGGGUCCACGGGCCUAAAACUGACGACCCCGAACGGCAGGGAGGGCUCUGUAGCAGGGGUCUGGGCUCGUCCGGGUGGAGAGACGGACACCCCAGCCCAGGCAGACCCCCCGAUCCCGGCAGAACCGCUGGCCACCUCCCCAACCCCCCCCCCCCCGACCCCAGGCGGUUUUUAAGUUGCUUGCUGCACUUGGGGUGCACGUUAAUGCAUGUACCCGGGGAGACCCCCGCCCAGGCCCCACACGCCCGUGCACACCCCGGUCCUGGCCUUCCUGUCGCGCGCUCCGCUGGCGUGUGCACGGUUGCCGAGUGCAGCCGCGCUGACUCCGGACUGACCUCCCAACCCGGGCAGAGACGCGCCGGCCCUGUCUGUACACGUGGCUGCCCCAGAACGUACCCACAGCCCCGGCUGGCCUACCCGCAUCCUCGGAGCCCCGGCCUCGCCAUGGACCCAGAGUGCUCCCAGCUCCUCCCGGCCCUCUGUGCUGCCCUGGCAGACCCCAGGCAGCCCGUGGCAGAUGAUACCUGUUUGGAGAAGCUGCUGGACUGGUUUAAAACCGUAACUGAAGCCGGGUCCAGCCUGCUGCUGUUGGAGGGCAGCCCCUGCCUGGUGGAGCUGCUGUGCCAGGUGCCGAGAGCCCCGGGCCUGAGCCCCGGCGUCCUCGCCUUCUCCCUCCGCCUGGCGGGCCUGCUGGCGGCCCAGGAGGACUGCUUCCAGUACCUGCAGCAGGGGCAGCUGCUGCCGGGGCUCUUCGGGGAGGCGGGGCCCCUGGGCGGAGCAGCCUGGACGGCGCCCACGGUGCGCAGCGGCUGGAUCCAGGGCCUGCGUGCGAUGGCACAGCACCCCAGCGCCCUGCGCUUCCUGGACGACUUCGGCGCCCUGGACACCGUCUUCUCCCUGCAGGGGGACUCCAGCCUGUUCGUGGCCUCGGCGGCUGGGCAGCUCCUGGCCCACGUCCUGGCCCUGUGCAUGGGGGGCCCAGCCGGGGCCCAGCCCGGCCUGCAGGCCCGUGACUGGCCGGCGUGCGCCCAGAGGAUCGUGGGCCACAUCGAAGAGGCCCUGUGCUCCGCAGCCGCCCCGCGGGUCACGCAGGCCCUGCACGUCCUGAGCACCACCUUCGGGCGCUGCCACGGCCCUUGGGGGCAGGUCCUCUGGGAGCGGCUGAGCCCCCCCGUGGCCCGUCUGCUGGAGAAGGACCCCGUCCUGGCCGCACACGCACUGGUGGAUCUCUUGCUCAGCGUGGCCCGGUCCCCUGCGCUGAGCUCCGACAGCGGCCUGUGGGAGACGCUGGCGCAGACCCUGGGCCACCUGAGCCCCACCCAGGCGGGGCCUCUGGCUCUGGGGGUCCUGAAGCUGCAGGACUGUCCCCAGGCUCUGAGGACACAGGCCUUCGACGUGCUCCUGCAGCCCCUGGCCUGCGUCCUGAAGGCCGCUGCUGAGGCCCCCGGACCCCCAGGCCUGCCGGCCGCGCCCGCAGAGGACUCGGCCGUGGUGGACGUCCUCCUGUCCUCCAGGUCGGCCUGCGUGGGCCUCCUGUGCCAGACCCUGGCCCACCUGGAGCUGCUGCUGCCGACGCCCCAGCGCCCCUCGCCCUGGCCCCAGGCUGCCCUGCUCGGCGCCGCGGUGACCGUCCUGCAGUUCUGCCGCGGCUCGGCGGUGCCGGCCUCCGGCGUGGGGAGCCGCCUCUGCGUGACCCUGGCCGGCUGCGUCCGGGUGCAGCGAGCGGCCCUGGACUUCCUGGGGGCGCUGUCGCAGGACACAGGGCCGCGAGAGCUGCUGCCGCGGGUGUUCGCCGUCCUCCUAGACUACCUCGCGAGCCCCGACUCCAGCCCCACGGUCCUGAGGAAGGCCUUCCAGGCCACGCUCAGGUGGCUGCUGAGCUCCCCCCAGCCCCCUGGCUCCUGCGACCUGGACCCCCACACCCAGCGCUUCCUUGGAGAGCUUCUCCCUGUGCUGCAGAAGCGCCUGUGCAGCCCCUGCUGGGAGGUGAGGGACUCGGGCCUCGAGUUCCUGGCCCAGGUGACCCGGUCCUGGGCAGGACAGGCCGGCUUCAGAGACGCGCUCCUGGCCUCGGAGGUGCCUGAGCUCGCCGAGCAGCUCCUGCAGGACCCCGAGAGCUACGUCCGCGCGAGUGCGGUGACCGCCGUGGGGCUGCUCUCCGGCCGGGGGCUGCACGCCGCCCGAGGCAGCCCUGAGCGCCCGGGAGGCCCGCAGAGCCUGCUGCUGGACCUGCUGCACGUGCUCUCCACGGACUCGGAGGGCUUCCCCCGGAGGGCCGCCAUGCAGGUCUUCACGGAGUGGCUGAGGGACGGCCACGCCGAGGUGGCCGCGGACCCGGAGCGCUUCGUGGCCAGGGUGCUGCAGGCGGCGAGCCAGGACCUGGACUGGGAGGUGCGGGCCCAGGGCCUGGAGCUGGCCCGGGUGUUCCUGGCCCAGAUGCUGGGCCAGCCGGGCCCCGACUGUCCCUACGCGGUGGCCCCGCCCGCGGCCCCUGCCCCCGGCCGGCUGGCGCAGGCCCUGCGGGCGCUCUGCCGCGUGCGGCUCUUCGAGUUCGCCUUCCGGGCCCUGUUCGACUGCGACCGGGCCGUGGCCCAGAAGUCCUGCGACCUCCUCCUCUUCCUGCGGGACAGGGCCGCCCCCUGCGACGGCCCGCAGGGCAUGGGGGGCGGCCCCGACGCCGCCUCCGCGGAGGCCACGCUGCAGAGGUGGCGGGCCGGCGAGCAGGGCCAGCCGCUGGGGCCCCUGGAGCCCGAGGCCGCGGUGGCCGUGCUGAGGGCCCUGGACCUGGAGGGCCUGCGGGGGGCGCUGGCGGAGAGCAGCGACCACGUGGAGCGGAGCCCCCAGUCGCUGCUGCAGGACAUGCUGGCCACCGUGGGCGUCCUGGGGGACCACGAGGCCGACUGCUACUGAGGCCGGCCACCCCGAGGCCUCCCUGUCCCUGCCGCUGGGACUCCCCCCUCCCUCGGCCCGGCCCGGCCACGCACAGGACCCUCAGGGAAGCCGGGGCCGGCGAGGUCGGCGCCGUGCGUUCUGCUGUCUUGGGGAAGCCGCGCUUUUUCUACUGGAAAUAAAGGGCGUUUGACAGGGCCCCGGAGUCAGCGUUGUCCCACGGGAGCCUGGAGGCGCGACCGUGGA